GGCCGUCCUCGACACCGUGCGCAGUUCUACACCACCUCACCAGGGCAGCAGAGCAGGGAGGUGAAGGCCGCCCCGCGGCAUUGCCCUGCUCAGAUAAGGGAGCACGGUUGGAAUUUGCCCCCCGGUCCGGCGCACCGAGAGCUCAGCCCGCACCCGGCUCACGGCUCAGGGCCGGCUGCGCUGCUGCUGCCGGACAGAAGCGAAGGCAGCAAACCCUCACGGUGAGACCCAAGGUACGGCGCCGGCAUCGCCCUGCUCCGUUCGUUUUUUUUAGGGUCCGGUUCGUUCCUAUUUUCGCUCUUCCUUCUCCCCGCGCGCCUCCCGCUCCAUCAGCUGGGAGGUGGUGCGUGGCGCUGUCACGUGACCGGAAGGCGGAAGCGGCCGCGCUGAGGUGAGCGGGGCGCGGACGGGCCGGGGUCGGUGGGGCGGGAAACCCCCCGGUCCUGAGGGGCCGUCCGGGCCCGGCACGGCCUGCUGCUCCUCGCUGUGCGCCGUGCGUUUCUCUUCGGAACUUUUCCGUAUAUCGAGCGUGGCAAAUUCUCUAAACUUUCGCCAAGACUCCUGACUGAGCGCUGAGCGGUGAUGGGGAGGAUGGCGGAGGUCGUGGGCCGGGCGAGAGCCGCCUUCAGCUCGGGUCGGAGCCGGCCGCUGGAGUUCAGGCUGCAGCAGCUGAGGAACCUGCAGCGGAUGGUGCAGGAGAAGGAGCGGGAGAUCCUGGCGGCCAUCGGGGCGGAUCUGCACAAGUGCGGUCACAACGCCUACAGCCACGAGAUCAUGGGGGUGCUGGGGGAGCUGGCCCUGACCGUGGAGAAGCUGCCUUCGUGGGCGGCUCCUCGGCCGGUGAAAAAGAACCUCCUGACGCUCCGGGACGAGGCUUAUGUCAACCCCGAGCCGCUGGGGGUGGUGCUGGUGAUCGGAGCCUGGAAUUACCCCUUCGUGCUGGUCAUGCAGCCGCUGAUCGGGGCCAUCGCCGCAGGCAAUGCGGUGGUGGUGAAGCCGUCGGAGAUCAGUGAGCACACGUCCCAGCUGAUCGCCGACAUCCUCCCUCAGUACCUGGACCCGGAGCUGUACCCGGUGGUCACCGGGGGAGUGCCUGAGACCACAGAACUGCUGACACAGAGGUUUGAUCACAUCCUUUACACCGGGAACUCUGCUGUGGGCAAAAUCGUGAUGGCAGCGGCUGCCAAGCACCUGACACCUGUCACCCUGGAGCUGGGUGGGAAGAGCCCCUGCUACAUCGACACGGACUGCGACCUGGCCGUCGCCUGCAGGCGGAUUACGUGGGGGAAGUACAUGAACUGUGGGCAAACCUGCAUUGCCCCAGACUACAUCCUGUGCCACCCGUCCAUCCAGAGCCAGGUGGUGGAGAACAUUAAGGCGACGCUGCAGGAGUUCUAUGGGGAGGAUGUGAAGAAGUGUCCGGAUUAUGAAAGGAUCAUCAACAAGCAUCACUUCAAGAGGAUCAUGGGCCUGCUGGAAGGGCAGAAGAUUGCCCAUGGGGGAGAGACCGAUGAGGCCUCCUGCUUCAUAGCACCCACCAUCCUCACGGACGUUUCUGCGGAGUCCAAGGUGAUGGAAGAGGAGAUCUUUGGGCCGGUCCUGCCCAUUGUGUCUGUGAAGAACGUAGACGAAGCCAUUGAGUUCAUCAACCGUCGGGAGAAGCCGCUUGCCCUCUAUGUCUUCUCCAAUGACAAGAAGUUAAUCAAGAGAGUUAUCUCAGAAACCUCCAGCGGGGGCGUUACUGGAAAUGAUGUCAUCAUGCAUUUCUUCCUCGCCACCUUACCCUUUGGUGGUGUUGGGAACAGCGGGAUGGGCGCCUACCACGGCAAACACAGCUUUGACACCUUCUCCCACCACCGCUCCUGCUUGAUCAAGGAUCUGAAGAUGGAGGGCACAAACAGGGUCCGGUACCCUCCCAGCAGCCAGAAGAAGUUGGAUUGGGCCAAAUUCUUUAUUCUGAAGCGAUUUAACAAGGGCCGUAUGGGACUGAUCGUGUUGGCCCUGUUGGGUGUUGUGGCAGCAUUGGUGAUAAAGAUGGCUUUCUGCUGAAAAGAGGAGAAGGUGCCAUAACCUGCGUGCAAGUCAUAUUUUGGGCGCUCACUUCGUGUCUGUUUCUUUCACUUCAGUCCUGUUUUUCUUUUGAGCUGGGUUAUUUCUGUGAGCUGUUGAGCACGCAGGGCAGCCUUGGGAAGGCACUAAUCAUGAGGAGGCCUGGACUCCUGCUUACUAACAAGCCACACUGAAACAGAGGGACCAGUGGAUACGAGCUCUCAAAAGGAGAACUGAAGAGCAAGAAAUACAGCACCUGACACCCCCUGUCUUACACCAAACUGCCUGGCUUCAUCCACUGAUAAACAGGAGCUCGUGUUUCGGCUGUAAUUGGCCUGGCAGUGUUUUCCCUGCAGUUCUGGGGUCAGUCUCUUCUGUUGUGCUCCAGCCAGCAUUAUUCUUGGUGACAGGUAUGAGACAGGCUGUGCUGCUGGUGUGCUGGCUCAUGCUUUGUUCUGACAGUGUCGGUUAUGAAUAAAUGGGGUGAGAUUCCCACUUGCCAUCUACUUGGGGUGGAAUAUUCCUGGAUCCCUGUGAGCCAGAAUCAUCCACAGCUGUUGGGUGGUGCAGGCUGACUCCUUUUGGGGGCAGUGGGGCACAUCGUAGCAAUUAUGUGAUAGACUACAAAGAAGAUAAAAGCCAUGUCUGUAUUUUACUAAUGACAAGAGACCCCUGAACAGGAGAAAGCAAUUACUGGGACUGUGUACCCCAAUGUGUUUGAGCUUCUGGGUCUGCUAUGGUCUUGCACUGGGUUAUGACAUGGGACCUGUUCUAAUCAGGGGAGAUGGUGGUGGGGAAAUUGAAGGUGGGAGGACCCUGUAAAUGUUCUUCAAAGGAAAUCUGGAAGUGAUGACUGGCUGCAUUUCUUAGCAAAUUGUGAUCACUACGCAGUAGCGGGGAUUUCUUCGCGUCUGGUGAAAAUCCACAUGCUAAGGCUUUGUAAUGAAUUAUUUUGCAAAUAUAAAAUAAAUACUAAGAAUUUAAAUAAGAAA